AUGGUUAAGAGAACAGCUAAAGACAUUGAAGAUGCCAAAAUCGAUCAUCAUGAAGCCAAGAAGCUUUCUAAGACUUAUAUGAAACAUGUCAUCAAUACACAGGAUGAUUAUAAACAUAUGUACAUAAGCGUUCAGCCAUUAGAUAUAUUCUGUUGGGGUACUGGUUCCAUGUGUGAAUUAGGUUUAGGUCCAUUAGCCAAGAACAAAGAAGUAAAAAGACCUAGAUUGAAUCCAUUUUUACCUCACGAUGAGGCAAAGAUCGUGUCCUUUGCUGUUGGUGGGAUGCAUACGUUGGCUUUAGACUCAGAUAACAACAUUUGGUCUUGGGGUUGUAAUGAUGUUGGUGCUUUAGGUAGAGAUACAUCUGGGGCCAAGGAAAAUUUGAAAGAUAUGGACAAAGAAGACUCAAGCGAUGACGAUGAUGGGGAUUUAAAUGAAUUAGAAUCUACGCCAAGCAAAAUUCCAAGGGAAUGCUUCCCUCCAUUAGCUGACGGUCAUAAAAUUGUCCAAUUAGCUGCAACUGAUAAUCUGUCAUGUGCACUGUUCAGCAAUGGUGAUGUCUAUGCCUGGGGUACUUUCCGUUGUAAUGAAGGUAUUCUUGGAUUUUAUCAAGAUAAAAUAAAGAUUCAACUCACACCAUGGAAAGUUCCAAGCUUCUCCAAAUAUAGAGUCGUCCAAUUGGCACCAGGAAAGGACCACAUCUUAUUUUUGGAUGAAGAAGGUGUCGUCUUCGCAUGGGGUAACGGUCAACAAUAUCAAUUAGCUAGAAAAGUUAUGGAUAGAUUCCGUUUGAAGACUUUAGACCCAAGACCAUUUGGUUUAAGACAUAUUAAAUACAUUGCAAGUGGUGAAAAUCACUGUUUUGCCGUUGACAAAGAUGACAAAGUUUAUAGUUGGGGUUUAAACCAAUUUGGUCAGUGUGGUAUUUCUGAAAAUGUUGAAGAUGGUGCUCUAGUAAUCAAGCCAAAAAAAGUGUUACUACCUAAAGAUGAAGGAAUCAAGAUAAAAUCUAUUUCUGCCGGUGAACAUCACUCAUUGAUUUUGACACAAGAAGGUGACUUGUUUACUUUUGGUAGAUUAGACAUGUUUGAAGUUGGUGUCUCCAAAAGUAGAUUACCUGAAACUACAUACAAAGACGAACAUGACAAGGCCCGUUCGAUUCCAAUUCCAUUCAAAAUGUCAGAUGUACCUAAAUUUAAAACAAUUGCCGCAGGAUCACAUCAUUCAUUGGCUGUCGCUGCAAACGGUAUUGCUUAUUCGUGGGGUUUUGGUGAAACAUAUGCUGUUGGGUUAGGUCCUUCUGGUGACGACACAGAAGUUCCAACCAGAAUUAAAAAUACAGCUACACAAGAUCAUAACAUUAUUUUAGUUGGUUGUGGUGGUCAAUUUUCUGUUUCUGGUGGUAUCAAAUUAUCAGAUGAAGAGGCAGAAAAAAGAGCUGAUGAAAUGGAUGAUUAA